GUGACAAUAGGUGAAGAUGGAUUGACAAGCCUUCCAAAUCCCAACAAAAUUGCAGGCGAUGACAACAAGUGCCUUAGUAUUAUUCCGGAACAGAAACCAAAGAAAAGAAGAAGAAAAAAGGCAAAGGUAACUGGUAAUUGAGUUGGUCGUAAAGAAGUGUUUGUGCCCCCAACUUACUGAGGAUGAGUAUUUUAGGUCCAUUAAUGAGGGUAAAACCUCUCUUUGUUUUGGGAUGGACAUCGAUGACACGGUGGAUGAUGAUGGUACACAACAUUCGAUGUUUGAAACGCAAGCCAAGACCAUUGCCGUGGCCGUGGGUAAGGCGAAUAUAAUUCCACCACAGCUGCUUUCGGAACUAGCCGAGUCAUCUGCUUUGAGCGCUAAUACACCAGAGUAUAGAGCGCUGGUGGAGAGGUUGGAUAGACUUGAGAAGCAACAGUCUGCCAUUAUAAUGUCACAUGCAGAGUUAUUGAAUAACCAGACUAAUGUGAGAUGUUUACUUCUAGAUAAUCAGAAAGAAAUGAAGGAGUUCUUCAUGGCUCAGUUGGGAAACUUGAUGACAUUGUUGAAGGAGGGGGCAUCACAGCCACAACCAUCCCAGCCGGAAAAUUACAGAUCGUCUGAUGUUGAAAUUGACCACCGUUGUGAUCAGGAGGAUGAUGUGUACCCAGAAGAUUGGGAACACAAUGAUGGUGAGCAUUCGUCUCUUCCAACGAAUACCAUUAUCACAGCCAUUGGUGAUACACAGUCACAUGACGAUGUCUUACUCAUUACUUUUGUCGCUACAUAAGUCACUCUAUGUUGACAAUGCUUUCUUAAAAGUUUCAUUUCAUGUUUCCGUAGGGUCAUUGAAAAAUGUUGUUAACAUUGUUAACAACAUUGUCGAUCCAUAUUGCCAAUUGUAUAACUCUAUGUUGACAAUGACCCAAAUGCU